UUUGGGAAUCUGUUGCGAAGCGGGAGUAAUCACAGUGGAUUUGAGCACUGAAUGUGUGCGUAUUACGCAUGCUGCGUUCAUGCUUGUUCAAAAUAUAUAAAAUCAGAACAUCUUGUGAGCAAAAUCAGAGAAGUAAUUUUAUUUGAAUUGUGAAUCAGUUGCUAUCAUUCAUACGAAACGAUGAUUCGUUUUUUCUUCAUUUUAGCAUCUUUACUCGCUAUGCAAUAUGUAGUGUGUCAGGAUGGAGCAUCUCUUAAGAUGAAGCCGCCGCCACCUACUAAACCAUUAUGUACGGGAGUUUUUUGUCGACCAUGUACUGAACGCAAAACAGCGAUAUUAUUGCAGAAGGCUCUAGAUGAGUGUUCCAAGUGCUUAUGUAAAAAAAAUGGUAAAAUCGAUUGGGAAACAUUUUGCAAUUGGUAUACCAACUGGGAUCCAAAAAACCAGAAGUUCCUUCAAUGCAUAAUAAACCGAUUUACAAACCCUUGUUACAAAUUAUACCAUCAAAUGCAAGAAACACUGGACGAUGGCUGUGGCAAAAUAUGUCAUCAUGAGCAAUUCGAUUUUUAUACACUCAUCUCUGAUAUAUGCUAUAAUUGUAACGGAUGCUGGCUUAUUUGUGCCCUACAAACUGUCAAUAUAGUCUGGUAUCGACCGGAUGGUGUACCAGGAGUUAUUGAUAAAAAAGGUGGCGCUGCCACUACUGCAGCCGGUGAUCCAGAUGGUGCUCCAGUCCAUUCUGAUCCAAUUCCACCUCCAGCCUCUACUCCUAGCAAGCCUGCUGAAUCGUCUUGCAAAAACGAACAUCAUGAUAGCGUUGGCGACAGUGGCAGUAAUAAUAAAAACAAGUGCAGAAAGGACAAACACUGAUUUUUCGUAGCUUUAACAUCACUUAUAACCAACAUUAAUACCGUGGCUCCAGCGACUUAACCCAUUUCUACUCUUCUUUCUACUUCAAUAUCAACAUUUGUUCAAUCCCCCCAAGUGGAUGUUUAGCUCAUGCUAGUGCUAGUAUGUACAAGUACACCAUUCAGUGAAAGCACUGCAUAUACCAUCGAUGCGCAAGAUCCCUGUAUUAAAGUUGUUCCAAAAACCUUAUUAAAAUCAUGCAUAACAGAUAAAUUUUUGAUCUAUUCAUACAAUUUUAUUGAAUGAAUUGCAUUGUUUCAAUGAAUUUGAUGAAUAAAAUGUAC